AGGACAAUUGCAGAAUGAUAUCCCACAUGUUCAAAUUGUAUAUUGCCGUAGUGAUUUUAUUCACAUUAAGCAUAAUGAAAAUUGAAUCAGCCACAUUUGCAGUACCAAUUGAGUUUGACGAGACAGGACAAAUGUAUGUUAACGUGGACGGAAUGGAUAUUUCACUCGACUCUAAUCGUAUAUUGAAAAUGAAGAACAGACAUUGUACUACAACAAUUUCGUUAGCAUCACCAAGUGAAGUAGAAAUAGCAACUCGAAAUGGAUAUCGUGAAGGUUCUAGCCUAUGUAGGCCAGUGCAAUCAUCGCAAUCUCAGGAGGCAAUUAAUGAAGACGGAAUAACUACAACACGAAUGUAGAAAUCAUUUAAU